UGUGCGCAAAUAAUUUUCUAUCUGUCACGAGAUGUUAUUACCAAAACAUGGCGUAUAUUGUAAAAGACGUUGGUGAAAUUUGGACUCGGCUUUUUGAUCAUCGAUCGUUCAUUCAAGGAGAAGUUUCAUUUUUCUUGAGAGAAUAUCAGGAUAAAAGAAAUGACAGAGAAGUCGAACGCCUCUUCAAAAUUAUAGAGCAUUCAACCGAUAUUGAUCAAAGCCAGUUGGACAGAACAAUAGAACUUGGAAAUUCUCAGUUACCUAAUUUAAAAGUAAAAGUCGAUGAAGCACUUAGUAUGUGCGAACGAGUUCUUCAAAAAGAAGGGAAAAUAAAUCAUGAAAAUGAAUUAGCAGAAAAAAGAGAACUUCGAAAAUUGAAAUGGCAAAAGUUUAUUAAUGAAAUGAAGGAUAAUUGUCAGAAAGUGGAUGAAGAAUUCAUUGAGAAAGAAAACGAAUUAAAAGAAUUUUAUUUGGAUCUUGAAAGGAAGUUACAUCUUACACCAUAAUUGAUUACUCUGGCAUUUUCUACUUAAACUUAUAUAGGUA